UAUGCUCUGUAGAAUGGGUUUAUAUAGGCUCAUUCUGGAUGCAUUUCUGUAGUCCUUUGUGUCAGUUUUAAAUAUAUUUUCAAUAUGUGUAAGGCUGCAUGUGGCCUUACACUACUAAACUGUUAACAUUUGAAAAAACACCUGACGUAUUCUGUGCAGGGUAAUGUACUAACUGCAUGCCCAAUAGUAAUCCGUUCUGCUAUUUUAAUUGCAGUAAAUAAAGGGCUGAGUCCUACUGCCUAGGUAUUCAUUGGGGACAUACAAAUGCUUUUCAUGGAAAGUGAGUGAUAUAUUUCUUAUUAUGUGGAGCAGCCUUCAAUCAUCAUGUGCUGAUAGCAGUUAUGAAGGGUAUUUAGCAGAUUCAUUACAAAAAUUAUCAGCUGUUGAUGAAAACAGGGCUGUAAGAAACAGCUACACACUCGUUUCUGUGGGUCACGUCAGACUGAUAAAUAUAAGGUUAGGGUGGAACACGGCCCUGCCAAGCAGGAGACGCUGUCUCCCGCUGUUCCCCUUGCGGGCACGGAUGCGCACCUGGCCGCUCCCCCGGCGCACUGCAUGUGCUGUUCCUGCGAGCGGGGCUGCUCCGUGAGCCUGAGUGGCUCUGCGAGCACAGGGGCUGCUUGCCACGCAGAAGGGCUGUGCCUAUUGCAGCGGCUGCUGCUGCAUUCGGGAGCAGCGGCAGGAGAAAACAGCAGCGGGGGAAGUUCCCGGCGCAUAAAGCCCCAGGAUGAUUACUGUUCUCUCGUGUUGAUGUUGUUUUUGAACUGGAGUAGGACGCUGACUCCUGCUCUGCUCUUACAGAGGAGAAACAACCCUGAGCUGCAGAAUGAAUUGGUAGCUAACAUCACAAUUACUCUUAGCGGUUAGCACAAGUUGUAGGAGGGGGAAAAAUGGGAGAGGAAGGAAAAAAAUCCCCCUUUAAUGCUGCCUAGGGAAUACCGUGGAAUUUAGAACAGAUACCGUUGCAGACUAGCAGCAUGCCUGACUGCACUUGACUUGAAUCACUGGGAAGCAGCCUCAUGUUGUAUCAUUUAAGGCUGAAGGAAGAACGGCAAAAUAGUAAUGGAUUUGUGUACAGUGUUUCUGCUUAAAUGGAAAAUAAUAUAAAGAUGGUGGUAUGUAAUUUGUAUUUUAUUUUUAAGAAGAAUUUAAUCCAGGUAUGUAUGCUCUUUGUAUUUUUGUCUAGUCUGCAUACAGUUUUCUGUUUCCUUUGUUUCCUUUCCUUAUUUUCAUUCUGAAUGUACCUCCUGCUGUUCUUGCUAAUGCAAUGCAUUGAUUUGUAACUGAUUUGCUUUCUAAUGCUAUGAUGUUGAUGAAACUGUCUGGGCUUCUGGAAUUAACGCUUCAUUAAAAACUGGGGGAGGAUAUAUUGUAGGGUUGAUAACUUCACAGUGUAAGUUGAGUAAGACAGAAUAGUAUUGGAUUUUUCAAUGAGUUGAUAUGUUUAAAUUGAUAUCAAAAUAUAAACUACAUAAUUAUAUGAAUACACGGUGAAAAUACAGUAUGUUUUGCUUAUUUAUGUCAGUACCUUCCUCCUAAUUUGUGACAGGAUUAGUAAUAAAUUGAGCUUCACGGAUGCUUAUGUAUUUCUGGGUCUUGAUUAAUCUCCAAGAUGAACACCCUGCAGCUUUCUUUUGAAGAGGCAGCUUGCUUAGACUACGUGUUUGAUUCUGUUCCACAGCUAAAUCUAUGUCUUAGAAUAUUCUCUAUUAUGUACCUUCUCCAAGCCACAAGCAAAACCACCAUAACUAUUUCAUACAUUUUUUUGUCCAUCAUUUUAACUUCAAGAACGUAACAUUACUAUUUUUCCUUCUGCAAUUUUAGAGGCCAAUAGUAGCUGAAACUAGUUUCUUACUAUGAGAUUGAUGGUUCAUUUUGCUUUAAGAGGAAGAAUUAUGCAGAUAUAAAAAUAUGACUGCAUUUUUUAGCCCUCACCUUUCUUCAGUCACUUGCCUCCUUUUGCACUUUCCCAUUAAUAUAUUCUUUCAGCUGACAUGUAAUAAGUGAAACAGACCACAAAGCUAUGUGCCCUUAAACUAAGGACACUGAUAGUUGUCUUAUGUCUAGUAAAAAUGUAUUAAAACACUUAAUGCUUAUUUGAUUUUUCAUUAGUCUUGAAUAUCUUUAAACAUUCUGUUGCAUUUGUAAUUUCAAUGCAGCCCUGUAAGCAGUAAGAUUUUUUUUUUUAUAACAUGUUGAUCCAAAAAGGUUUAGUAUUAGCUCCAGCAUCGUAAUACCAUUGUUAACCCCUGGCUGGCAGGAACUCUUAUGCUUUAAAAACAUUCAUUGAUGUAACAUCAAUUGCUUUCUGAUGUGAAAAUGAACUGUCUGUAAAGUUGUAGCUAUUUUUCACAGAGAUUGUUUCCUGUUGGUGAUUAUAUAAAAUAGAUUACUUUCUUAAGCAUAAUACUCAACUAUGAUCUGACAAUUGAAAAUGUAAGGUUGCUUGACACAUAUAAAUGUUCUAAAAGUCAGUCAAAGCUAAAUCUUAUCAUCUAAAUCAACAAACAUAGUAGAAGAAGCAAUAAGAGAAUGCUGUUAAGUCUAAAAGCACUAAGAUGAAUGAAAAGUAGAAUUUAAGGUUUAAAGCAUGUUUCAUUCAUCAAAAAUUCCUUUUGUAAGGGAUAUAAUGUUAGGAAUAAUGAUUAUGAAUUAAGAUUAGCCGUCAUCUCAAAGACAAAAGCCAUGAUGCAAGAUAAGUGGUGGUUGUUUAAGGUGAAUAUGCACAACUUGGAGAGUUGCAUAAAGGUUUUCUGACACUAUACCAUUUGCAUGAUUCUGCAGUGAUGUCAACACAUUACCAUAAUGACUAUAUGUUGCUGUGAAAACACUUAGGAAAUCUCAGGUAAAGUACUGGGAUUCCAGAGUGUUACACAGUAAGAGGAUACUCAUGGCUCAGAAUAUCUCCCAAUUCACUAAAGCAUUAAUGAGGACUGAAAAUUCCAAAUUUUCCUUUAACUGUAGUAUUGUGAAAAUCCAGGAACAAUGUAAUAUAAUAGCUUCUGCCUUGUGAGACCAUUCCAGCUCUGAAGCCUAAAAAUUCUUUGGCACCCAAGAAGGUUGUUACACUGGUUUUUUGUUUCUCAUUUGUGUCGUUCACUUAGGUUGGUAGCAGAGGUUCUUGCUUUCAGGUACAAAUCUGAGUAUCACAAUUGUCAGUAUAUUGAAGGAAAGACAACAGAAGGGUUUUUUAGUAAAGUUUUUGCAGCAAAUUUAGAAACACGUUUCAUGUCUACCAUCCUUAUCAGUGAAUGUCAUUUCAGGUGUUAAGCAUGGUUUCUAUCUGUGUCUGCCCACUCAUCCUAGUGUAUGUUGUUGUCAACAGUACUUGUAGUCACUCGUGCUUGUGGUAUUUUUCAAAUCAAAUAUCACAGACAAUUGCUACUAUUUUUCAAAUGAAGGACCACUUCAUCAAAAACUUUCCUUUUCAUAACUUUUUGUUCUAAAAGUUUGAUGUAACUAUUUGUUUACGGAUUUUAGAAAACAUAUAAAAUCUCUGUGUGCAGAGGAAUGGAGGACUUUCUUUGCCCAUAUAAAGUUGUUCUCUUACUUGUAAGUAGUUAAAAAAAUGCCCCCAAACGUAAAGAAAGAAAAAAAAAUCAAAGCUGUAGAGUGACGUAGUGCACAUGUGGUCACUGAGUUCAUGGUAAACUGUCCAAAAGAAAUCUAAUUCAGGGCCAUGCAUUGCCCAUUCAAAGGCUCAGACAAGUACAGUUGGAGAAUUAAAAUUCUUACCUGAAAGAAAAUGGGAUGAGGUUUUUUUGUUUGUUUUUCUUUUUUAAUUAUCUUUUCUGAUGGAAUCACCAUCCUGAAAAGUUGCUAAAAGUUUUGAAACAUUAGUAUUAAAAGAAACCUUCAGUACACUAAAUAUACUGUAAAUACAGUCUCUGCAUAUAUGUUAUGCUUCAGUGUAAAUGAAAACACUUGGGUUCCCAGGGCGUAAUGUUUAAAGACCCUCUAUUAAAACGCAGGCAUAACUAGGGACAGAACUGAGAUUAAGUCAAAAUGUAGGUUGAUACUUUCUGGUUUUAAUAGGCACUAAAUAGGUUCUGAUAAUUAUAUAGUAGCUCUUUUAUUUAUGGUAAUCUGGCAUAAUAGCAAGCUGGUAAUAGUCUAACAAAGCUAAUAUGUCUGGUACUGACUUAGUUAUACUUAGUAAUCUCCAUAUAGUCAGCAAAUAACUUUUCCCUCCCCAUUUUUUCCAUUCCCUUAGUAGUCUGCAUUUAAGUAGAAAUUAACUAUUUGGUGCAAUUGUCUCAAUCUUAGCAGGUUUUCAACUGAGUAUUGACUAAAACUAAGUUUUUUGUAUGGGACAGCAUAUAUCAUGUAUAUAGCUGUAAGAGGGGGGAAAUGUCAUUAUUACCACCUGGUUAUUCACUACAGUGUAAUUUUUUGUUGUUGUUGUUGAAAAAGUCAAGGAAAUAGCUAGAAAGAUUAAAGAGAAAGAAGUCAGUACAUUUAGUCAAAUAAUAUUGAAGCUGUUUUCCAAGUCAUCUGCAGUCUCUUAUUCUUGUGUGCACAUUCAACUGGCCUACCUUUUCUGUGGGAUCUCCAGAGGGCCACAAUUUACCUUGAGAAUCUGUUCUAUAGCUUUUUACAUCUCAGUAUUAGUGUACUGUAUUUGGCACAUCUCUUCCUCUGUUUUUAGUCUAGUCAAGGCCAUUGACCUUUAAGAAUAGUUGCUUCAAUUACAAGUUUUUCAUGUUUGUAAUGUAAAUACCACACUAUAGAUUUAUUUCUAAAGAAAUAACAUUAUAAAUGUUUUGAACAAUCUUAUUAGUAGUUAAUAAAUAAUUGAAUUGCAAUAGCCUCAGUUGCCUUAACAAAAUUUUGUAGAGAAAAAUGCAAACAUUACAAAUACGAAGGUGUAGAGAAUAGCAUAACUAAAAAUGUGAUUCUGCAAGUUAUUGUAAAAUAGUGGGGGUUUUGUCAAUUUGUCUGUCUUCAACAGUAAUUGCAAAAAAAAAAGCCCCAUCUUUUUACUGAGCAAAAAAAAUCCUCCUUUUCCAUAGUGGUCAUAGUAGUAGGGAAGCAGAGAUGACUUUUCUCUCCAGAAAAAUUACUCAGGCUAGCUUGCUAGGAAUUUACAUUCUCUUCCAAACUAAUCAGAAGACAAUAUGCUUAUAUACAUUACAAAGUAGUUUAAUUGUAACUGCUUAGCUACUGAGAUAAUUCACUAGUGCACAAAAUUCUAUAUAUGAUUUCUGGGUUAGGUAUUCUAAAUCACAAUGAGCCAAUCAGGUUUAAGCAUGUGCUGUUUCCAUCUUUUUUCCUUAAACUCUAUUAAGUUUUAUGGUGAUAGAAGAAAUACAUAAUAGACAUGAAUGACCAGACUUGCAGUAUGACUGUUAAAUUUUUAGUUUGGAAAAAUCUGUAGUAUGCCCUAUGAAUAUAUGUGCAGCCUCCUUAGGACAGCAGUAGGCCUUGUGGGUUAAAAAAUCAGCAGAUUGUAGGCUCUUAAGACUGGGGUUUGAAUCAGCAGUUCGGUGGUUAGUUUUAUUUUUUUACGUUCUCAUGAGUAGAAAAGGCAACACGUUCUGAGGGUGGUUAGACAUGCAUGAAUAGCAGGAUCCAUAAAGAGAUAUUACCAGGUAAAUAAACAGAUAUAGCAAACUUCCCAAGUAAUUUUCAACAACAGUAAGACCAGCUUCCUAGCCAAAGGGUGAGAGUGCUGAUAGCACUCCAUGCUCUUGUGUGAAUCUUGGAGGGGCUGAAAGGAUAGGCAGAAGUCUGCUGCUGUGAAAACCUGAGGAAUUCUUGGAACAAAGAGUAAUUACCCAAAAGAGAAAGCAGGUCUCUUCAUUGCUCUUGGCCCUGCCUCUGCCAGGGUCUUCAGGCAGGUCACCCAUGUAGCAUAUGCAGUGUUAAGAGUCAUUUUACCUUGAGACUCACAAACUACGCAGAUUAAAAGUGUCAGUAGUUAAGACUACAAGGAGAAUUUAGGAAGAAUAUAGAGGAGUAGAUAAGUGCUCUAAAUUAAGUUCUUCUGAAUUAGGUCAUCUGAGCUGAUUGUCAAUAUAGUACUCCUGUUACAGUAAAUUAAUGAAGCAAUGUGGAGUGUACACUGUAAUGCUUGUCAAAAAAAAGGGAGCAUAGGUUUCACCCAGCAGACUUGAGUUGAGGGCAAGUACAAUUAUUUCAAGAUAACCUUAUUCCCAGGCAAGCAUAAAACUAUAAUAAAAGUAAAGUAAAAGACCAUAAUUAAUAAAUCUGUAUAUCUGAAUUCUGUUAUUGAUUCCUUAUGUUCAUGAUGGUUAGAGAAUCUCUCUUAAGCCUCAGUUCCUGCAGAUGCAGGGUAGACUGUUCACACUUUUUUUUUGCUACAUUUAAUUAAUUAAUUUCUGGGGACUAUUUUGCAUAUCACAAAAAUAUAUUUCUGUCUACAGACUCUGGUGACUAUUUUGGCAGUAAUACAGACUGGUAUUGUUGCAGAUGAAGACUUCUUGGUUUUGUUUUGGUACCUCCUACCUUCUUGGUGUUGUGAACAGGAACUGUCAUAGGGUAUUUUAUAGAGAGAAAAUGCACUUCAGUCUCGCCUUCUUGCCUGCCCCCUUUCAAUACACACAGACCCCUUGUAGUUGAUUAAUAGUGUGAAGGUUAAGCAAGGCUAUGGUUCUACCUGGAUCUUGCUUUGUAAGAGGACAGUCUGCAUCCAAAAAUUUACCUCUUACUGGAGAGUGCUGCUACUCUGCAGCUUCAUUUACUAGGGUCUGAAGAGAAGCUGAACAGUGAUCUAGCUAUUCUAUUUAAACACUGAAAUGAUAUUAUUAAGAUGAUUCACUUGUCUUUUUUAUAAAAAUAAAGGACUGGAUUUUUUAAAAUAUUUUUUUGAAAUGGGGGUCUGGUGUUCAGAUAUGUAACUAAAGCACUCUGUUUGCAUUAUUUAAAAAGCUAUCAUUUUUAACUCUGCCCACUCCUCCCCCUUCUACCUGACAUGUUAGUUUUAGACUUCGAAUAAGAUCCUUUAUAAAUGGUGCUUCCAACUGAUGUUUUUAUUUUGUUGAUGCCAUGUUAUCAACAAAUCCAGUUGAAUAUGCUUGAAACCAGUCUACGUUAUCUGUUCACCAUCAAGUUGAUUGACAAAGCUGUUUUCAGAUUUGAUAUGGGUCAAAAGUUAAUGAACGUAUCAGUUUGUCCUUUUUUAUAGACGAACCCCAUUAAGAAUUUAUUUUAGUUCAACUUUCACAAUCCAUAACACUUUCCAGUUUCCUGCUCUAUUACCGUCUAGCAUAAAGUCCAUACAUACCUCAUUCUGUAACAUUUCAACAUGAAUCCUUAUGCUUAGAAUGGGUUAACCCGGUAACGUUGAACUUCAUCAUAAAAACUGGUUUUGUUCAAUAAACAGCAAAGUGAGAAUUUUUUAAAUUAGGUCAUAAUGGUUUAUCAGGAGACCUGGAUAAAACAAGUAAGUCUCCAAAUAAGAACUUGCAGCUCAUUCAAAUAAUUGACUUAGUUCUAUGUGCUUCUUGAGAGACUUCCUUAUCUUAUGGAGUUUUAACUUUAUGUUGAUUUUAAAUGUUAAGAACAACCUAUGCAAAUCUUUACAGAAAGAGAUGGAUGAGACCUCUAAUGACUCAAACUUGAUUCCAUGUGGAGACAUACUAUUGUAGAAAAUGAGUUUUUGACAGAGCAAUGGUAGGCUGUAAACUGAUUAACAGAUCAUAUGACUAAUACAGCUGAGAUGGAAUAGAACUCGCAUGAGAGAACAUAAAUCUGCUCCAUUUAGCAGAUCUCCCUGUGUUUGUAACAGUACAGCUUUUAAUUCACUAUGGCGUUGUCAGAAACUGGGUUUAAAUAAAUUCAGUUCGGAAUGUUCAGCUAUUUGUAAUAAUUUCAGUUAUCUCUGAUAUAAAGCAUUGGUUAGACACUGGAUAAAACAAACACACACACACAUAUAUGUAUUUGGCUUGCUAUGAAAUCAAGAUUCUUCUACAGAGAAGCAUUAAACCUUAUUGAAAGUGAAUGGAAAUGUUCCAGAUUCCAGUAAUAACUUCAUUAUUUCUUGAUGCUUUUUAGACUGAGACAGGAAACAAUCCUUCUGGCUUGUUUAUACAUUCUUGUUUUGAAGUCAUUUGAAGAAUGUCCAAGUCAUCUAAGUGAAGUUUAUAUGAGGGUAUUUAAAAAUCUGUGGCCAUGUGGGCAAAGGAGGUAGGCAAUCACACUUCAAAUCUUGUUCGAUAAAUGGUUACAAGCAUUCAGUGUAAGAGCUGAAUGGUUAACAAGUGUUUCUACAUCCAGAAACAUGCCUUUGACGUUGAAAAGUGUCCCAAGAUGGUUCCUUUCUCUACUAAUAAUAUGUGAAAACAAGGCAGCCUUGGCUCUAAUGAAAAUUUCUCAGUAUUCUGAGAGAUGUUAUUUGCAUUCCUUGAAAAUAGCAUGCAGUUACAUUGACCAUUUUUUUGCUUCCAAAUAUUGUUUGCUCUUAAUACACUCUUGAUACUUUAGGCAUAAGCCUAUAAGAAAAAGUGGCAAGGACUGUGCUGCUGCAUAUAUGUUAAAAAUGUGAUUCAUGUCCCACAGAUAUUUCAUCUUUUUAUGAAAUAGUAAUUUGCCACUUUGGGAAGAGUGAAGAAUGUUUUCUAUUCAUUGACUCACUCUGCAUCCCAGUUUUGUUAUAACUGGAAAGGUAAUGAGUCUGUUUAACUUCUCUGUUCCAGGAUUCCAGAAGCCAACCAGGCUUUUAGCAGCUUUGCCUGUGCUCUGUGCAGCACAGUGCAUUUUGCUGCUGCAGUAUUUAUCAGGGGUUAGUGUUUAUUAUUUACCAUUACAUAUGUGUAUAUAUGUAAUGAAUAAAUAUAUAGAGUAUAACAGUAAGGUCAAUGAAGGCAAAUUAUGCAAUGCAAAGACUGUUUCUUGAGGUAUGUCAGGGGACCAUGAUGUUUUAUAGAGUGCCAGGAUGUUUGCAGACAAGGACAGUUCAUAUUCUCUACUCUUAAGACACCACAGAGCAAUUUUUAACUAUUUAUAUACCCUUUAUCUAAACAGACUUCUUAUUCUGCCAAAGAAUUUUUAGCUGCUUUAGAUACCAAAAUGGCCAUGCUAAGAACUUCUUUGAUGGAUUUUUCAGAGCUGAUUGCCUUGGUUUUUAUUCCACAGCUUUGAAAGUGAGGUGAAUGGUAUUCUGUACAGAAGAAUACAUUGACAUGUUUAAAAUAUAUUGACUGUGUUUCUAUGGAAUACAAGCUGCUUAUGUCCUGAGACUUGUAAACCAUGUUUUAUGUAGGUUUGCAAGGCGUUUUUUUCCGUUACUAGAAAAAUGUCAAAUUUAAUAACCUGAAUGAGAAUUUCCAUUAGUUGUCAUUAUUUUCUGUUAUGCUCUAUGAGUUAUUUUAUUUUUACUUCUUAAAGAAGAGAUACCAAGAUAAGCCCACUUCUGAGUCCUGGCUUAUCAUAGCAUAUUUCAGUCUGGUCUCAAAGCAACUAUUUCACAAACUACAGUCAUGUACAUAAUUCAAUCUCUAAGGUAUAACAGCACUUCAUGUAUACAAUACUGACUUGUACCUGAAUCCUACCUGGUUGCAAAAGAUGAAGCACGAGAAUACUUUCUACUUUUGUUUUAUUAGCUAGUAACCAGUUGUUACCCUGUCCAUUUUUUGAUCACUGCUGUAUGUCAUAGGGAACUAAAUUGAAAUGUCAGAAUGUCAGUAUUCUGAAAGAAAGCAGAGAGCGUUUUAAACGGAAUAUCUCUGUUAAAGUCAGAGAAUUAAACUGGAUGAAGUAGCCUGGAAAUAAGUAUAGCUUAUUAAUUUUUGUUAGCAAUAUUGCCUAAAACUGUUUUCAGCUUCAACUAUUCAUGAAAAAAUCUAUUCAGACAAUUAUGGGGAAUUGUCUGUGUUUUCAUUGUAACCUAGUUAAAACAUCAUCAGUACUAUUGAAUUAUAAGUUUGCUUGACAGCCAUUGUAAUGUCGUUCCCUCCUUUUUAGACACUUCAAGAAGCCAUGUGCAACACAGUGAGAUUUUGCAAGACAUACAAAACCUCUUCAGGAUUUUGUUUCAAACAAGCAGAUGUGUGAUUUUUUUUUUUAUUAUUUUUCUGUCACAUUAUUCCGUUUUUAUGGCUAUAGUCUCCAUUGAAACAUUUGCCAAUGAUCCUUUUGGAGAUACAAAUACUUCUCUGGAUCAAAAAUUGUGUUUUAUGGAAACAGCUUAAAAUAAACUGUGCUCCAUGGUUUCUGCUCUCUUCAAGAGCCUGAUCUCAUCUUAUAUAUAUAAGAUUUGCAAAGGAAUGUUUACAAAGAAAUCGGGAAAUAGUACAAAAAGGAAAGAGAGUUGUCAGAGCAAAAAGGAACAAGACUUAAGUCAGAUUGGACAAACAAAAAAUCCAAAAUUUUCCAAUACUUUAAAAAGCACCGUUAAAAAGAUUGCUAAGUGCCCAUCUGCUCGCAACUUAUCAACUGAAGAAGAGGAAAGCAAUAGAGAAUUUUCACUUUCUCCAACAUUCAGUUACAGAGUUGCUAUUGCCAAUGGACUGCAAAGGCAUAUUUUUGUAGCAAACACUAAUAAUGAAGAUAUAGUUCAAGACCUGUCUUCAAAUGAUAGCUCUUGUUCUGAGUCGUUAAGUGAAGUAAAAACUAAUAGCAAGAAAAACGAAUACUUAUCCCACACAAUGCCUGUGCGACGCAACAGGAAAAGCUUGAGCAGCCUCGCAGCCUCUGAUGGAAGUUCGGAUGGAGAGCGCACUUUACACACACUGAAGCUGGGAGCCUUACGAAAACUAAGGAAAUGGAAGAAGAGCCAAGAAUGUGUCUCAUCAGACUCGGAGCUAAGUUCAUGGAGGAAAACCUGGGGGUUAAGAAGUAAAUCUCUGGACAGAACUGGCCGUCACCAGAAAUCAAAUACUCUUGAACCUGGAUUUAGUUCAACAGGUUGUAUUAGCCAAACCCAUGAUGUUAUGGAAAUGAUCUUUAAAGAGCUUCAGGGAAUAAGUCAAAUUGAAACAGAACUCUCUGAAUUAAGAGGGCAUGUUAAUGCUCUGAAACAAUCAAUUGAUGAAAUUUCUAGUAGUGUAGAAGUUGUACAAAAUGAAAUUGAACAGUUGCGAACUGGAUUUGUACAGUCCAGAAGAGAAACUCGAGACAUACAUGACUACAUUAAGCAGAUAGGCCACCCAGGAAACAAAGCAAGUCUUAGGUUUCUAAAUGUGCCUGAAGAACGGCUUGAAAAAGCUGAAAACAUAGUUUACAAAAUAUUAAUAGAAAAAAUGGGAUUCUCAGAGGCACAAAGCACUAUUAAAAUUGAGUUUGCCCAGAGACUUGGGCAGCAAAGAGACUGUCCAAAUGCAAAGCCAAGACCCAUUCUUGUUUACUUUGAGUCAUCACAACAGAGAGAUUUGAUUUUAAAAAAGUCUUAUAAACUUAAGGGAACUGGCAUUGGCAUUUCUACAGAUAUAUUUUCCCAUGAAAUAAAAGAUAAAAAAGAAAGAGGACUUUCUUCCUCUCAGACAUAUGAAAGCAUGGAUAUGAAACUUUUAACCGUGGAGACAAAAUCUAAAAUGCAUGACUGGGAGUCACCUGACAGUGAUAAAGACUUGGAAUCAGAUAUAAAUAAGAACAGUUAUGCAAAAAUAUCUAAAUCAGCACUUCAGAUAAAAACAGGCAUCACAAAGGGGACUACUGAGUCCCCAAACACUAAAGACCUUGACAGAACUGCUGACAAUAGCACCUUUUCACACAGAAGAAGUUAUGACAAUCAGUCACCAGAAUUUGACACUAUGGAAAAACAAUCAAAGGCCUAUUAUUCAGAUGUGGCUCCUUUAUGGCAUUUACAGAAUGACUUUGCAACACCAAAGCUUAGCCGUUCAGAAUCAGAUUUCUCAAAAUUGUGUCAGUCUUACUCUGAGGAUUUUUCAGAAAACCAGUAUUUUAGCAGAACAAAUGGCAGUUCAUUGUUGUCUUCCUCUGAUCGAGAACUUUGGCAGCGAAGGCAAGAUGAUUCUCUAAACUGGUAUGGCAGUUCCCAGGAACAGACUUUUGCCCAAGACAUGCAGCAGUAUCCAGAGCAAAAUGAAACAGGGAACAUAGAAACUGUUGAUAGUGGAGUAAGCGAUGGAAUAAUCCAUGCUUCUGGAGACAUAAACCAUUAUGAUGAUAGUCAGCUUUCUUUACAGGAUGAUCUUUCCCCAUGGAAAAACUGGAAUCAGUUGGAACAAGGGGCAGAUUUGGGCCUAGACUCAUCCACGCAGGAAGUUUUUGUGUAUGAUAUGAGCAGUCCUUCAGACCAACAGACAGAUUUUGGAAAGGGCCAAAGUUCUGACCUCCAGUAUGAUACUGAAAGCUAUGAUUACACUCUAGAUGGUACUUCUCCAUCUUGUCCGGGCCUUGACAGUGAAACACAAAGUCAGUGGACUGGUCAAUAUGAUGAUUAUCAGGAAACAAAUUCUAUCUCCUCUUAUCAGAAUCAAAACAAAUUGCCGAUGAUGUACCGAAGUCAAAGUGAACUACCAAGUGACGACUCAGAGGAAACUGCCCCUAAAUCAUGGCACAGCCGAUUAAGCAUAGAUCUUUCUGAUAAGACUUUCAGCUUUCCUAAAUUUGGAUCUACGCUUCAGCGUGCUAAGUCAGCUUUAGAAGUAGUCUGGAAUAAAAGUACACAAAGUUUAAGUGGGUAUGAAGACAGUGGAUCAUCUUUUAUGGGAAGGUUUAGAACACUAUCUCAGUCUACUGCAAAUGAAUCAAGUACAACGCUUGAUUCUGAUGUUUAUGCAGAGCCUUAUUGCUACAAAGCAGAGUAUGAGGAAGAAUUAAUUGAACCAUCUGGUGAGAAUGAAACAGACUAUGUAGAAGUAAUGGAACAAGUCCUUGCUAAACUAGAAAAUAGAACUAAUAGUAGUGAAACUAGUGAGCAAGUUCAAGAGUAUGAACUGGAUCAGUCUUUGUACGAAACUCCAUAUGCAAUGCUACCAGAGGAACAAUAUGACACGCAGUUUGACAGUGUGAUCAGUGAAGAGAUAUUGGAAGUUGAAAGUGACAUGGCUCCUGAAGUAGAAAUACGGGAGGAUGAAAAUCAGAAUGUCCCAGAGAUGAUAACUGAAGUCACUGAAAUUCCAAAGAAAAAAAGAAUACGACCAUCAUUUAAAGAAGCUGCUUUAAAAGCAUACAAGAAACAAAUGAAUGAUUUGGAGGAGAAGAUCCUUGCUGGAGAUAGCGGUUCUGUGGAUGAAAAGGCUCGGUUGGUAAGUGCAAGUUCCUUGGAUGCUUCCAAGCUUUAUGCAGUCCAAGCAUUUGCUGGUCGUGGACUGUACGGAAUUGACAGCAUGCCAGACCUACGAAGAAAGAAAUCUUUUCCCAUUGUUCGAGAUGUGACCCUUGCAGCUAGAAAAUCUGGUAUUUCUAUGGCUAUGCUCAACCGGACCUCCAUAAACACUGAAGAAAUGAAAAUCCAUGUCUUCAAAAAGACCCUGCAGGCUUUGAUUUAUCCAAUAUCAUCAACUACACCUCAUAACUUUGAAAUCUGGACAGCUACAACUCCCACGUACUGUUAUGAAUGUGAAGGCCUCCUUUGGGGCAUAGCCAGACAAGGCAUGAGAUGCACUGAAUGUGGUGUCAAAUGCCAUGAGAAGUGCCAAGACCUCCUAAAUGCUGACUGUUUGCAGAGAGCAGCUGAGAAAAGUUCCAAACAUGGUGCAGAAGACAAAACACAGAAUAUUAUUAGCGCUAUGAAGGAAAGAAUGAAGAUUAGAGAGAAAAAUAGACCAGAGGUGUUUGAAGUGAUCCAGGAAAUGUUUAAUAUUUCUAAAGAAGAUUUUGUACAAUAUACAAAAGCAGCAAAACAAAGUGUUUUGGAUGGAACAUCCAAAUGGUCAGCAAAAAUAACUAUCACAGUUCUUUGUGCUCAGGGCUUACAGGCUAAGGACAAAACUGGCUCAAGUGACCCAUAUGUUACUGUGCAAGUUGGCAAAAACAAGCGAAGAACAAAAACUAUUUUUGGAAAUUUGAAUCCAGUAUGGGAUGAAAAAUUCUAUUUUGAAUGUCACAACUCUACAGAUAGAAUAAAAGUAAGAGUGUGGGAUGAAGAUGAUGAUAUCAAAUCUAGAGUAAAACAGCAUUUCAAAAAGGAGUCAGAUGACUUCCUUGGGCAAACUAUCAUUGAAGUAAGAACACUGAGUGGAGAAAUGGAUGUAUGGUAUAAUUUAGAAAAGCGAACAGAUAAAUCAGCUGUCUCUGGGGCCAUUAGACUGAAAAUCAAUGUUGAAAUUGAAGGAGAGGAGAAAGUUGCUCCUUAUCAUGUGCAGUACACCUGUCUACAUGAGAGUCUGUUCCAUUACCUGACAGAAGUAAAGUCAAAUGGUGUGGUGAAAAUCCCCGAGGUGAAAGGUGACGAUGCCUGGAAGGUGUACUUUGAUGAUGCUGCACAGGAAAUUGUGGAUGAAUUUGCAAUGCGCUAUGGAAUUGAAUAUAUUUAUCAAGCUAUGACGCACUUUUCCUGUCUCUCUUCGAAAUACAUGUGCCCUGGUGUUCCAGCAGUUAUGAGUACAUUGUUGGCCAAUAUAAAUGCUUUCUAUGCUCACACAACAGCAGCAACUAAUGUAUCUGCCUCAGAUCGCUUUGCUGCUACUAACUUUGGGAGAGAGAAGUUCAUAAAGCUGCUGGAUCAAUUGCACAAUUCUCUGAGGAUUGAUUUAUCUAAAUACAGGGAUAAUUUUCCUGCCAGCAAUUCUGAAAGACUCCAGGAUCUGAAAUCAACUGUGGAUCUGCUUACCAGCAUUACUUUUUUUCGGAUGAAGGUCCUGGAAUUGCAGAGCCCCCCUCGAGCCAGUACUGUGGUGAAAGACUGUGUAAAAGCCUGCCUGGAUUCAACUUAUAAAUACAUUUUUGACAAUUGCUAUGAUCUCUACUCCCAGUUAGUGGAUCAGAGUAAGAAACAAGAAGUUCCUAAAGAGGAACAGGGACCAACAACAAAGAAUUUGGAUUUCUGGGCACAGCUGAUUACUCUGAUGGUCACCAUUAUAGAUGAAGAUAAAACAGCAUAUACACCAAUCUUGAACCAGUUCCCUCAAGAGCUGAACAUGGGAAAAAUCAGUGCUGAAAUCAUGUGGACUCUCUUUGCCCAGGACAUGAAAUAUGCUCUGGAAGAACAUGAAAAGCAGCGAUUAUGCAAAAGCACAGAUUAUAUGAAUUUGCACUUCAAAGUGAAAUGGUUUUAUAAUGAAUAUGUGCGAGAGCUCUCUGCUUUCAAGGAUGCAGUGCCUGAAUACUCUCUGUGGUUUGAACCAUUUGUCAUACAGUGGCUGGAUGAAAAUGAGGAUGUCUCAAUGGAGUUUCUUCAUGGAGCACUAGAAAGAGACAAAAAAGAUGGGUUUCAGCAAACAUCAGAUCAUGCCCUCUUCUCUUGUUCCGUGGUUGAUGUCUUCACACAGCUCAAUCAAAGCUUUGAGAUUAUUCGGAAAUUGGAGUGUCCUAAUCCAGAAGCACUAUCUCAUUUAAUGAGAAGAUUUGCAAAGACUAUCAACAAAGUACUUGUUCAGUAUGCUGCAAUUAUUUCAAGUUACUUCAGCUCCUAUUGUGAUAAAGAAAAUGUGGCCUGUAUCUUGAUGAACAACAUUCAGCAAUUAAGAGUCCAGCUUGAGAAAAUGUUUGAGUCCAUGGGAGGGAAGGAGAAGAAAGAAGGAGAGAGAUUCUCUUAUGAGCUGGAUCCUGAAGCUAGUGUUGUUCUAAAAGAACUUCAGGUGAAACUUAGCAAUGUAUUGGAUGAACUCAGUGUAACGUAUGCUGCAAGUUUCCAAUUUGUUAUUGAAGAUUGUGUAAGACAAAUGAGCAACGAACUGAAUCAAAUGAGAGGAAAUGGGAAUGCAGCAGCCAAUAAGAACAGUGCAGCCAUCGAUGCUGAGAUUGUGCUUCGGCCUCUCAUGGAUUCCCUGGACACAACUUUAAGUGUCUCUGCGAAGAUCUGUGAGAAGACAGUUCUGAAACGGGUUUUGAAAGAGCUCUGGAAGUUAGUCUUAAACAAAAUAGAAAAACAAAUCGUGCUUCCACCACUGACAGACCAAACCGGGCCCCAGAUGAUAUUCAGUGCAGCCAAAGAUCUUGGACAGCUGUCAAAACUCAAGGACCACGUGAUCCGCGAGGAAGCCAAGAGCCUGACCCUGAGGCAGUGUGCAAUAAUGGACGUGGCCCUCGUUACUAUCAAGCAAUACUUCCAUGCUGGAGGAAGUGGGCUGAAAAAGAAUUUCCUGGAGAAGAGCCCAGACCUGCAGUCCCUCAAAUACGCUCUCAGCCUUUACACACAGACUACUGACGCCUUGAUAAAGAAGUUUAUAGCCACACAAACUUCUCAGAGUCAAACUGCUAAUAACUCAGUGGGUGAGAUAUCUGUACAGGUGGAUCUCUCUACUCAUCCUGGAACUGGUGAGCAUAAAGUCACUGUGAAAGUUGUAGCAAUUAAUAACCUAAACUGGCAAACAACAGCUAUGUUCCGGCCAUUUGUGGAAGUUUGCAUAUUGGGUCCUAAAUUAAGUGACAAGAAAAGAAAACAUGGAACCAAGACAAAGAGCAACACCUGGUCUCCAAAGUACAAUGAAACUUUCCAGUUCCUGCUGAGUAACGAAGAUAAGCCAGGAGCCUACGAGGUGCACCUGUCAGUGAAGGAUUACUGCUUUGCGCGGGAGGAUCGCGUUAUCGGCAUGACCGUCAUCCAGCUGCAGGCCAUCGCCGACAGGGGCAGCUGCGCCGCCUGGUACCCCCUGCUCAGGAGCAUCUCCGUGGAUGAGACUGGGCUAACGAUCCUUAGAAUACUUUCUCAGAGGAACAAUGAUGAAGUUGCUAAAGAGUUUGUAAGGCUUAAAACAGAAACAAGAUCUCCUGAAGAAACGGCCUAAGAUACCCAAGUAAUGCAAGAUUGUCACCGCCAAGAACAUAAAUACAACGCUGUUGUCUGACUAGUGCAUGCAUGUGCAAAUCUGUGGGAAUGUUUAACUAUGUUUUCAGUGUUUGCCAGUACUUAUGUACUAUAUUUGCAAGGUAUGUCAAGGAGCUGUAUAUCUUUUAUACAUAUUUUGGUCUUUGGUAAAGUAAUUGUUCCAAUGAAGUGCCAAAACUAAGAUUAAGAGUAAACGUUCCAUCAUCUCUUUUUAAAUGUUGAUUUCACCUCAUCACAAUUUCAUUAUUUUUUAACAUUUAUUAAUAAGUAAGUAGCUUUUUUAAUUGAUAAUAGGUUAUCGCUGUUAAACUGUGUUGCUUAUUCUAAAUUAAGUUACAUCCCUUACUCUUCUUUUAAAAAUGAGGUGUACCUAGUUUUCUUCAAACUCUCAUGUUAUGCAAGCCUCAUUUUAGGUGUCUUACUGAUGACUUUUUCUAUCAUUACUACAGAUGCAGUUACUUAUAGAAAGUGUUUGUAAUUUUAUAAUUACCAAUAUAAAGUAAUGAUUUUUGCAUAAAAACUGAAAAGGAUGGAAAUAUUUUCUGCUAAUCUCUUUUUCCAACCUUUCAUAAAUAUCACUGUGAAGAAAUGCUGUUAAAGCAGGUUCUCAAGAAGCUGUGCUUAUCAGAGUUUGUUACUGAUGUUUGAUAUCUUGAGAUAACUUUGUUCUUCAAAACUGCCACGGUAAUAUCAUAUUUGUAUCAAAAGAGUAAGUCAGUAUCUGUAGAAACAGGUUGCUGUACAGUACAGUAUAUGUGCUUUUAAAAAGUGAUUUUUUAAAUGAUAUGGUACUGUACAAGGGGUAGUAGUUUGGAGUAUGUAAUGCCGGUUUGUGGUUUGUUUCUAGAAAUUGUUUAUGAGAAGAAAAGAUGCUGUUAGCAUUUUCACUCAGAGUUAUUAACGUUGCUUUACAUACUUAGCUGUAACAUCAGUUAAGUGCUUUAUUUCUUUAAUUUUUUUUUAGAAAAGUUCAACAGUUUGUACUUAUGCAACAUUACUAUGUAUUGCACUAAAGCAAACUCUGUGUCCUGUAAAUAUAUUUAGUGAGGAAUUGUAAAAUAAAGUAUGCAGAAACUGCU